GACAAGUCUGGCAACAUUACGACAGGCAUGAGCAUUUUCACGUAUAAACUACAUAGAACCAAACUUCGCGAUAGUUGUCGUCGUGUCAGUGUCAUCUUUUAAAACGAAUCAGAUGAUGGAUCGAAAACGGAUGAUAAUCAUCGUGCUAUUAGUACUAUUACUUCAUAAGGAAACAAUUGUAUCGAGUCAAUCGGAGAUCCACAAACUUAUACACGAUUUUUUUAAGUACAGAAUCGCAGGCGCACCUAGAGCUUAUCAAAAAACACUUUGGAACUUUGACCCUGAUGACGAGCAAAGAACGCUUCAAUACGUGCAGGAAAACGGACUUCACGGAGAGUAUGUAAUAGCAAGACUAGGAAUGGGCAUUGAAUACAACGAGCCAUCAAAGAAACGCUUGUAAAAACUCGAUAAAUCAUGAUAUUUUUGAUAGCACAAUUUUUGUUUAACUUUAACAAAAUAAAAUGUUAUUAUCAUGUAUAUGCUGAAUGUUAUGUAAUAAACCCACCUAAUGUUAUGUGACUU